AUGAAUAUUUCGAAGAACAAUUAUUCAAAUAUAUUCGAUCUACCCAAUGAAAUAUUAUUUAUUAUUAUCAAUAAACUAAAUACUGUUGAUGUUAUUUAUUCACUUGCCGAUGUUAACGAACGAUUUGUUCAAUUAGUAUUUGAUCCUCUUUAUAUUCAAAAUCUUAAUAUUACACUUAUGACUAUGAAGUCAUUUUAUCAACGUACAUUUUCAAUACAUGAACAAGUUCUUUCAAAUAUUUGUGAAAACAUUUUACCAAAAAUUCAUGAUCAAGUUAAACAACUUGCUAUUGAACAACAUUCAAUAGAACGUAUUCUUACUUAUAACUAUUCUCAACUUUAUUCUUUGUCACUUGUUAAUUUUAAAGAAGAAAUACUCUAUCAAUAUCUAACAGAUUAUUCAAUUCUUCGUGAUCUUCUUACACAACAAAUCACACACCUAAAUAUUGAUAUUCAGAGUGAUGAAAUACCAAAAUUAUUAUCUAAAAUUUCAUUAAAUAUAUUUACAUUGAUUUUAUCUCUAUGUCAACGAUUAACCAAUUUGAAUUUUUGUCAAUUAUUUUCUUAUCGAAAUUCAUUUAUUUCGAUUUAUUAUUUACCAAAAACAAGUUGUACAUAUUGA